UAUACUGUUAAAGAUUCUUAACUUUUUUCAGAAAACUGAUUCGUUUAAACCAGAACGAUUCACACAUCCUUUGCCGCAGUGCUUUUGGAAUGGUGAAACUGCCUGAACCAUAUCGAUGCUUGGAUGUGGCAGUGGAAGCUAUCGCAAAGGCAUUGGAAAUAUCUCCCAAUAACCCGAUGGCCAAUCAUUAUGCGGGUCUCAUUUAUAUACGCCACCUCAAGGACAAUGAGGAAGGACUGAAAUAUCUGAAAGCAGCGGCCAGUUUGAACGUAUACGGCGCCCAUGCGGAUUUGAUGAGGCUCAAAUAUUCAAUGGAUCGGGCCAACUAUGAUCCCAUUCCAGACUUGAAUGAUCUGUUGAAAAGAUACAAGGACAAUGUUGGCACGACCAACACCCAGAUUGCAUCCUGGUACUUCUUCAAUAAGCACGACAUGGACAAGGCCUGGCAGUAUUUGAAGAAAGUCACCAUUGAUGCUGCUCCAAGGGCCCACAAAUCGCUGUUUCUUAGGAUGAACAAUCCGUGCGACUUGUUCGAGGUGAUGUUUGACGAGGUGAAGCUGAGGUUGGCCCAGCGAAAGUACGAGAACGAAAAAGAGAGAGAAGCACUGAUGGCCAUGGGAGUGCAACUGAGAGAGCUAUGUCCCGACGCGGACCGCUAUCACUACCAGCAUCUCAAGAUAGAGAUACUCAACAAGUCGGCCCAGCUUGUCGAGCGUGAAUCCAAACCCAAGUGGGUACGGUAUUCGGGGGGCAGGGGGAGGGGGAGAGGGAGGGGUAAAGGAGGGAAUUUCGGUGGUAGGGGAGGGAAUUUCGGUGGUGGUGGUGGUGGUAGUCUGAAAAAAGAUAAAAGUUGUAGUCGAGAUAGAUCCAGAUCUAGUAAUGACAGGAGUAGAGCGACGUUUGGGGGUAGUAAGGAUCGCACGAAUACGAGUAUCGAAAGGAAUGUAACCAGUAGACAAAGAACCCCCAGUGGAAACAGGAGUUCCCAACGAACCCCCAGUGGAAACAGGAGUUCCCAAAGAACCCCCAGUGGAAACAGAAGUUGCCAGCCGUUGAGAAACAGCUCUCCGGGUAUUCUAGGCAAACCGGGUUCGUUGGAGAAGUUGAACAGUGAAAAUUUGGCUGAUAAAUCGUUGAAACCCGAGUCGCCCUCCAAUAGUAAAAGUUGGGCGUCUGGUUGCAAGGGAAUUGUAGGGCAGAGUCAGACCCAGAUGGAUUGGUACAACUCGCGGCGCCCCAGGACCUUCCAGGAGCAUUCCAAACGAAGCUGGUCGGCUACCAGCAGAUGGGGAGAGGCUAGAAACACAAACAGUGACAACAGCCAGACUAGGUUCCGCAACCGCAGUGCUGAAACCUACUCUAGUAACAAUAAUCGCACAGGGAACCGAACAAUGUCUUACAGUGAACUGGGAAAAAAGAAGGAUGAGUCUGAUAAAGCGUUUGAGUCGUGGUGUUUCCAGAGAACCGGUCGUAAGUCACGUGAUUCCAGUGCGGGAAGCUCUAAAUCGGUCAGCUUGAUGCCACAUUUCGCCAAGAAUGAUGACAAAUGAUGCAUUUUGGAUCCUCCCCAAAGUGCAAUGUCAUUGUGAAAACAAACUAUUUACUAUUAGUAGUAACCUGUUUUAUAUCAUGUAGGCUACUACUUUAUUAAUCACUCAGUAAUUACAUUGUUUGUUUUUCCUAUGUCACUAUUAGUGUUAUUAAUAUUAUUAGUUUUACUUUUCUUGCACUUGUACUCUUGUUUUUAAUUCAUUGAGUUUAUCACUGAAAGUAUAUUUUUGCUAGUAGUAUUACUUGAUCAGUACAAUUUUAUUUGUUUCACUGUACCCCAUACACUAGGGAACUUGGAUCGGGGAACCAACUUUGAGUAGGAUUUGUCCCACACACUGUAGUGGGGAGAGCGAACGACCGUUCGUUACUUUAGUUUUGGGGUCUAGAAAUGAGUGUUUCAAAGUUUUCAGCUGCUGUGGGAAGAAAAUAUAUUGAAUAUAAAUCGAUAGAAUAUAUUGCCCUGGCGCACGAACCGAACAAAGUUUUUAAUCCAGAUUGAAGACCAAAUUCGUCUCGAAUUUGGUUCGUGGUUUUCCAAUUUUCCACAUACACUGGGGAACGUGGCUCGCCGAUCCAAGUUCUCUAUUGUAUGGGGCCCUGCAAUUGUAAUCUUUGUUAUAUUUAGUUAUAAAUUUAAAAUUCAUUAAUAAUUAAAAAUAUAAAUGUUAUGACUCAGAUCUGACAAUCAUCCGUAAGCAGCUUAUCUAUAUAGCACCAAAAAUAAUUAAUAAAUUUCCUACAGAUCUCAUUGAAUUGCCAUAUUAUAUUAAAACUGUCCCAAAUAAUUUAAGAGAUUGGAUUUGCCAGAAUUUUUAUGUCAAUUUGAAUAUUGAAU